AUGUCCAUCUUCUAUUGCGUGGUCGCCAAUAGCCACUGCCCGCUGGCCGAGUACAGCAAUGGUGGCGAUGAGAGCAUGAACGAAUUUGCGCAGAAGCUUCUACAGAAGCUCAACUUGGCCGAGGACGCGGUCGAGUCCAUGGACUUUGAAGGGAAGACGUAUAGCUACCGUGUGAACAAUGAAUUGGCUUACGUCUGUGUUACCAACGAGGCGUUUGGAAAAUGCUCGGCAGCGCUGUUUCUAAAACACAUUAACCAGCUCUUCGACAAUCGGUUUGGCAUUCGAGGAAAGGCCACGAAGCUUAAGUUGGAUAUGAAUCCGGACUUUGCAUUUACACUGAAGAAACAAAUGGAAAUGUUUUCGUCGGAUAAAGGCGCAGAGAAGAUGCAGGCUCUGAAGAAUGAUCUGGACAACGUAAGAAGCAAUGUCCAGGAGAAUAUUAACAAAGUACUGGAACGUGGUGAUAAAAUCGAAUUACUUGUCGACAAAUCGGAUCAACUCAACUCCCAGUCUGCAGCAUUUGCCAAGUCUAGCACAACUCUCCGUCGUCAUUUGUGGUGGGAAAACGUCAAAAUGAACAUUGCCAUCGGAGCACUAGUUGUGCUUAUUAUUGUCUUUAUAUUCCUGUUUAUCAGAAACAAGGUAUCGAAAUAG